AUGUGGUCCACGCUGCGUCGGUCGCUUUCGACAUUACCUCGAGCAGGUUUCAGCGUUCCGUUUCCUAUUGUUCGAGCCUCGUAUUCCACCACCUCGACACCCCAUGGAACGCACCACAUCCAGACGCGUGUGUCGUCGUUGAAGCCCGAGCAGAAAAAUGGCCGUCGAUUUCGCGAGUUUGACCUCGAAGACCGGGUCUUUGCCGUUACUGGAGGCGGACGCGGGCUUGGUCUAGCAAUGGCCGAAGCUCUAAUGGAAGCCGGUGCGAAGGUGCACUGUCUGGACCGCCUUGACAAUCCUCACCCGGAUUUUCUGGCCGCUCAAGACCACGCCGCAAGCACCUACGGCGGCACCCUGCACUACCACCGCGUCGACGUGCGCAACGUGGCCGAGGUGGACAAAGUCUUCGCGACAAUCGCAGCGCAGGACCAGCGGCUCGACGGCCUCCUCGCGGCGGCGGGGAUCAACCACCUCCAGGCGGCGCUCGAGCACUCGCAGGCCGCGCUCAACGAGGUCAUGUCCAUCAACUACACGGGGGUCUUCAACGCCGCCACCGCCGCCGCGCGCCAGAUGUUCGCCUACCAACAAAAAGGCUCCAUCCUGCUGGUGGCCAGCAUGAGCGGCCUCAUCGCCAACAAGGGCAUGACCUCCCCCGUCUACAACUCCUCCAAGGCGGCUGUCAUCCAGCUGGCGCGCUCGCUGGCCAUGGAGUGGGGCCGCCACGGCAUCCGCGUCAACAGCCUGUGUCCCGGCCACAUCCUCACGCCCAUGGUCGAGCAGGUGUUCCAGCAGAACCCCGCGGCGCGGGCCGUCUGGGAGGCGGAGAAUAUGCUGGGCCGGCUGGCGACCCCGGAGGAGUUUCGUGGAGCGGCCUUGUUUGCGCUCAGCGAUGCGAGUAGUUUCAUGACGGGGAGUACGUUGGUUAUUGAUGGGGGGCAUACCGCUUGGUAA